CUGUAACCGGUUCACUGCUCAGGAGAAGGCCAACACGACAGUGGAGAGGUCCAGAGGAGACAUGGAGGCUGCCUAUGUUAAGAAAGCUACAGAGGACCUUCAGUCGCACACUAAGAGAUUCCAGCAUUAUUAUGACAGAUACAACAAUCAUCUACACAGUCUGGAUUUGCUUCAAGAGUCUACUGGUAAGAUGAGAGAACUGGAAAGACUCGGACUGGCUCUCGACAAGAAAGUGGCUCGGGUCAAAGGUCAAUCUGAUGCCACCAUUGGGGUGAACUCUCCUCUCACUCCACAAAAGAAAAUCAGUGUUUUCACAACUAGAGAAGCGAAAAACUUUCUCGAUGAUAUUUUCCGAAUUCUGCUGAGAGCGAGGAGAAUCCUGUCAGCCUCGUAUUGCAUUGGAUACUUCAUCCCUGAUACAGAUGAGGAGGCCCUGGGGGCACAUGAAGUAUUGCAGGGAAAACUAGAGGAAGCAGUGGAGGUUGUCUCGGAGAUGGUCAAUAGACAAUACCUCCAAACACCACGCUCUAAAAUGAACGAAGCCGCUGGAAACGUCGACUACCUUUGUAGCGAAUAUCUCACCGAAAUGUUCGUGGUUGCGACAAUCGCCGAUCUGGCAGUAAAAGAAGCAGAAAAGCCUCCACCUCCGCGUGCCACCCUGCCCACUCCACGGGAGGACAGCCCGCCCCCUCGUAUGGGGGUGAUUCCCCUCGGCUUUGGACCAGACGUUCCCGACCAACCGGAGAGAGAGGCGCUUCUGUUUGAUUGGUCUAUUGAAUCCCGAUGGAACAUUGCAUAUUUUACGAGUACCAGAAGAGGAGUUUCAAUUUCUUAGGGCCCCAGCAGACUAAUUAGCGUUAUGUGAAUGUACUUGUGAACUACAGGUAUAUAAUAAUUAUGAGUAUUCUGUUCAACAAUUUAGCUGUGUGUGUAUGUAUAAACAUGUUAUUUUUCAUGUUGUUUGCACAGUCA